GGCGGCUCGCGCCCGGCGGCGGCCGAGCUGCGGCCGGCGCCCCGGCUCCCCUCUCUCCCUCCCUCCUCACUCCUUCCCUCUGCUCCAUGACCCGCAGUAGGAAGCAGGCGGCGCUGGAGAGAGAAGCCGGGAAGAUGAACCCAGAGGCGGACAGCGCCGCGGCAGCGGCCGCGGGAGCCCGGGCGGCGGUGUCGGGGGCAGCUAGCGGCGAAGCGGCGCCCGCCGCCUGGGGGCUGGAAGGGGAGGAGGAGAAAGUUGUGUACUCCCGCUCGCAGGUCUCCUUCGCCGGCACCAAGGCGCUGGGCGACGCCCUCAAGCUCUUCAUGCCCAAGUCCACCGAGUUCAUGAGCUCUGACUCGGAGCUGUGGAACUUCCUCUGCAGCCUCAAGCACGAGUUCUCCCCGGUCAUACUCCGCAGCAAGGACGUCUACGGAUACGCCUCCUGCCGCGCCGUCGUCCCCGAUCCGCCGCCGCCCUCGGCGGAGCGGCACCGCCGCCGCGCCGGCAAGCGGCGCCUGGCGGCCGUCGACGCCAAGCGCCGGGCCGCGGCUGCGGGUGGCAGCGCUAAGCGGCGGAGGCGGCGGCGGCGCCGCAGGAGGGUUCGAGGGAGGCCGCGGCCAGCGGCACCGGCGGCCAGCGGCCUCCGCGGCGAGGGGCAGGCGGCGGCGUUAUUGCCUCUGCCGGAGGAGGAGGAGGAGGCGGACAGCGAGCGGGGCAGCCCGGAGGACGGGGCCGCCUGGGAGCCCUUCGGCGGCAAGUCGCUGGAGGAGAUCUGGAAGGCGGCCACCCCCCGCCUCACCACCUUCCCCACCAUCCGGCUGCGGGGCAGCGUCUGGAGCCGCCGGAGCCUGGUGGCGGCGCGGCGGGCGCAGCGGAUCCUCGGCGUGGACCUGUGCCCCGUGGUGCGGGUGCGGCGCUUGCCCGUAGCACCGUCCUGAGGCCCCCGCGGCGGGAGGGGGCACGGCCGGUGCCUCAGCUUCGCUGCGGGUGCGGACAAAGAGACCGAUAUCAGUCACCUGUUUACAUUGCUUUUGUCUGGAUCGUGUUCUGCUGCUGCACUUUAUGGCUCGCUCGGGCAGGGGCCGGGCCUGGGCCCCCCAGCC